UAAUGCGAUAGCUGUAAGUAGUGAAGGGUUAAGUGGAGGACUAGUUCUCAUGUGGAAAAAGGGUAUUAUAGUGAGGGAACAAACCAAAAAUAAUUCUCACAUAGAUGUCACUGUCUUCAGCGAGAACUUGGGAGAAGAAUGGAGAUUUACAGGCUUUUAUGGCCAACCACGAAGUUAAAAAAGGAAAGAAUCAUGGUAUUUGCUUCAAUUUCUAAGAUGUGCAAGUGAUUUACCCUGGCUAUGUGCGGGAGACUUUAAUGAAGUAUUAGAAGAAGAGGAGCAUUUUGGCUAUAAGGAGAGAGGGGAAUGGAGAAUGUCUGGAUUUAGAGAGGUAGUCCAAAUGUGUGGCCUCUCAGAUUUAGGCUAUACAGGGCUCCCAUAUACAUGGGACAAUAGAAAAGAAGGAGGAAAGAACAUCAAAGUUCGGCUAGAUAGAGCGCUGGCUGAUGAGAAAUUUUUGCAGAAAUAUGGGGUUAUAAAAGUGUUACAUUUGCAAACCACAGAAUUUGAUCAUUGUGCAUUGCUAAUAGAUAUUGACCAACAACAGCAAGGCGAAAAGGUGAAAGCAAAGAAAAUGUUCCGGUAUGAAGACAUGUGGAGGAGAGAGCCGUGCUAUUAUGACAUAAUAAAGAAAUCUUGGUGGUGUAAAGGAGAAGGCCUGCAAGAUGUAAUGAAAUCCCUUUCAUUCAUGAAGGAAUCACUUCAAAGAUGGAGCUUUCAGACUUUUGGAUCAGUUAGAGGCCGGUUAGCACAACUGAGAAGUCAACUAGAGGAAGUAAGAAGAAGGAGCUGGCAGACAGGCCGUCGUUAGUAGAAAGAAGUUUAAUGGGUCAAAUCUCAGAAUUGCUAGCGAGGGAAGAGAUUAUGAUGCGACAGCGAUCAAGAGUAGGUUGGCUUUUUGAAGGGGACGGGAAUACAUCAUUUUUUCACUCAAGAUGUAAGGAGAGGGCUAGACAAAACAGGAUCAAAUUCUUGCAGCGGUCAGAUGGAACAAUAUGUUAUAAUCAGAAGGAGAUGGAGGAAGAAACAAAUUAGUUCUUCAUAAAAUUGUUCAGUGCCCAAGACAACCUCUCAACGGAAGAGGUAAUAAACUAUGUACCUACAAAGGUUUCAAAUGAAUUGAAUGACAUGCUUUGCAGGGCAUUCUUGCAGGAUGAGGUUGAGCAGGCAUUAUUUAUGAUGAAGCCAAAUAAAUCUCCCGGUCUUGACGGAUUCACAGUUGGGUUCUACCAAAAUCACUGGGAUAUAUUGAAGCCUAGCAUUUGUGCGGCUGUUCUAAAAUUUCUGAAUGACGGUGAAUUACCAGAAGAGGUCAAUAAAACCAUUCUUGUUCUGAUUCCAAAGGCAACAAAGCAAGCAGCAGAGAGAAUUCAGGAAAUUCUGAACAUCUAUAAUAAAGGCUCGGGACAAUUGGUGAAUAAAUCUAAAUCUGCUAUUUUCUUCAGCUCAAAUAGCAUGGAUCAAAUGAAAGAAGAAGUAAUGCAUGCUUUAGACAUCAGAAGAGAAGCACUUGAAGAGAAGUACCUUGGCCUCCCUACGGCCCUAGGAAGAAGUACAACAGGAGCUUUUGAGAAGCUAUGCACAAGAGUAAGCAACAUGGCGGGAACUGGAUUAGAAAAGAGGUUAAGUUCAGCUGGACGAGAGGUGUUUAUUAAAGUGGUCAUGCAAGCAGUGCCACUGUACUCAAUGAGUUGUUUUAAUCUCUCAAAAACAACUUGCAAGAAGUUAACAACAUCAAUGUCGAGAUUUUGGUGGGGAGGAGAUGGAGAUAAGCAGAAAUUGCAUUGGAAGAAAUGGGAUGAAAUUGCCCAACCAAAAGGAGCAGGAGGCAUGGGGUUUAGAAAUCUCCAAUUAUUCAAUUUAGCCAUGUUGGGGAAACAAGGAUGGAGAUUGAUAACAAAACCAGAAUCACUAUGUUCACGUGUAAUGGCUGGGAAAUACUAUCAUGGUACAGAUUUCCUGAAUGCCAAAAAGAAAAAAGGCAGCUCGCAUGUUGGCAAGCAAUUUUGA